UUAUACCUGCCGAAUAAAAGGUAAAAAGUCAAUUUGCCAGUGUGGAAGGGCUAUAGAGCGUAAUAUGUAAAUGGGGAAGGGCGGUGCAGUCGGGCGAUCGCGCUUUGCCGCGACAUACGUCGUCAGUCAGUGCUGGUCGUUGUGCCAUGCGCAUCGCAUACAGGUUGCACGAACUCUGUGUACGCAAGGAUUUAUCAGUUUUAACCCACAAGUGCGUGACUUGGAUAAUUUCUCCACAAUGUAUCCCGGCUCUACCAAUAACGAAAUAUUACCAGAAUCACAACUCAGAAAAAUGGGGAGUACCGAAGGACCACAAACGUUUUGUUUGAAAUGGAAUCAUCACAAAACCAACUUAGUUGAAAUCUUGGAAGCAUUGAUAAAGGGCGAGACUUAUGUGGACUGCACAUUAGUGGUAGACGAUCAGGUGACGUUCAAAGCGCACCGAGUCGUAUUGGCCGCUAACUCUCCAUACUUUCAAUCAAUAUUAGCUGACGUCCCUAUGGACCAUUGCAGUAUUCUAUUUCCUGGUGUUAAGGAUUUUGAGAUGCGCGCCCUUCUAGAGUACAUGUACACAGGUGAGGUAAACGUGACGCAAGCUCAUAUUCCUCACAUUAUGAAGGUAGCCGAGCAGUUGGAAGUUAAGGGUUUGUUCGACAUGACUGAGCUUCGGCGACGACCAGGUAGUACAGAGCGUACGCCAGCAGCGUCGCCCCCGCGUGUCGUGCCUGCUGCGCCUUCAAGUGUGUCCCCACCGGCACCAGCGCCUCCAUCACGCUGGGCACUUCCUCCUGCCGCACCCGCGCUCUCUGCCGCUUAUGAUUCGGCUGAUAUGAACCCUCUCAAACGUAAGAAGCUGUCUAGUAUGCUGGCUACGCGCGACACACCAAUAUUGAGAAAUGUCCUGGCCCAAACAUCGCCAGUGGAUUCUUCGCAACCAAUGUCGCUUGUUUGCCAUCCCGUAAGUCAACAUGCACCGCCCCGUCUGCACUCUAACGGAUCAGCUCACGAGUCCGAACGCGCUGCUAGCCCACAUCGCGCAUUUGACUACCGUCCGCGUAGGCUUUCGUCACGCGCUUCGUCGCCUCAUUACAAUAGAUCUGACCGUUCAGAAGAUGCGCAUUCUCCUUACACUGAGAGAUCUUUUGAAGACGAAAGUCAACGUACUUUCCAUCCGUCCCCUCCUCCAACUAAUUUCCAACAAGACGUCAGAGCCGGACUCGCGCCGUACGUCCCACCGCAACAAAAACCUGAAUGGAAGCGGUAUAAACAAUACACAAGAUCAGAUAUUUUAUCUGCUAUCGAAUGCGUACGUAAUGGAAUGAGCGCUUUACAAGCAUCACGUAAAUACGGCGUACCCUCGCGCACAUUGUACGAUAAAGUCAAGAAAUUAGGAAUUACUACUAGCAGGCCUAUGAGCCGCGGGGUCAAAAGAGAGUCAAAUGGUGCUGCAUUCCCUUAUGGUUUAAGUGGCACGGGAGGCGGAGGUGAGGAUGGAAACCCGUCUACUCCGCUUAUUGAUCCUUCAUUCCUACAACAAGCAUUAGAAGGAGCGACAAGAGAUGGGGGGCGAGAGGCUCUACAUGCAAUGGCGUUAGCUGCAGCCGCACACGCCGCUCUUGCUCCGCGUACGCCACCUCGGUCACCGCCGCAAUCACCACGAUCACCUAUUCAAGACGACGAUCAUGUUGAAGAUUUGUCAGUACCUCGACGACGUGAUUUGGAUCAGCCACCAGGUGUCAUAGUACCACCACGUAAUUUCGCACUUGAUUGUGGUAGCGAAAGAGAUUGAAUAAUACAGUUUUCAAUGUACAUUCGAAAAGACUGACUUAGGCGUACAAAGUUAGAAGUAAGGCACUAAUUGGUAGGCUAACUGGUAGGCCGUGCCGCGUGCGCACGCCGCCGAUGACCGGGCGCCCCGGCCGGGCGAUUGCAAUGGGCCCCGCGGCCACUUUUCUUCUACCUCUCUUCUUCUCUAUUUAUUUCAAAGCGCCAUCAAAGCUCAAACGAAAUAAAAUUUCCGUUUGAUGCUAGAUGAAGCCCUAUUGUGAUUUUAUGUUUGUUUAUUUUCUUCAUUCGUUUUUUUUGUUUAUAACAUUUACGUCUUUGUUAAUAAAUAGCAGAAUAAGUUAGCUUUAAUUAGAAUGUAAUUUUGGUUUAGUUGGACUGGUAACUUUAUAGGGCCGAAGGGCAAGCAGGCAGUGCCGGCCACGCCGCCGCGCCUCGGGCAGAUAUGCCCAGACAAGUUAUUGUGCAAUUUGUUGUCUGCGACUGUGAUGUUUAUAGACUGAAAUGCCGCGACUACCUCACGCUCGCCACAGCUUAUACUCUAGUCCACCGCGUCGCACUAUGCCAUAAUAUUAACCACGUUAAACAGUUAUUAAGAUAUUCUGCCUUAACGCAACCAAGCAUCUUGAAGUUGAUCAUUGAGUGCGACGCUCUUGUCACCGCAGAUAGCGGCGUAUCUACAUACUAAUGUAUUCUAUAUUGUUUCCUUACGUUACGGGUUAGACUUAUUUAUUAAUUUGUUCGUCGAUUGCCAUAAAUGUUUGUUGUUAAAUGUAAUUGUGCUCACUAAAUCCUCAAAAUAAAAUGUUUUGCACAAGCACGGUGGUUCAUAUUAGAGUUAAUAGAUUUCAUAAACACUUAGUUAAGAAUGCUCAAUGUUAUUAUUAGGUUUGUGGUAAAGAAGAAAACGUCGCGAUGCGUUGUUAUACGUAAAUAUGUCUAGUUAGUCAAUCGUACUACACCUACGAAUGUAACGUGUGUUUUAUUAAACUCUAAUUCUAAUUAGAAAUUUAUGUAAAUGUACAAAGCUGCACGUUUGCAAAUUCUCAGUAACCUGUACUGUGCGUGUAAUUAUCACAUCUUCUAAAACUUGAUUUCUUAAGUACCUAUGUAUAUUAAAGUCCUAAGAGUAAAUAUAUAACAUCUAUUAAAUUCUUAAGUUAAUUAAUACAUUACUUAUUAUUUGGUAAUUAAUUGGAAGACUGAUUUGUUACUUUAGUCUAGUUUGAAAAUGCCAUAGAUAUCUACGAAUGUAACUAUCUACCUUAUUUUUGCAGACGCAAUGUGUAAUUAAUUAAGUUGAAUCACGGAUGGUGUGUGUAGAAGCUACACUUUGGUAGGUUCACUAUUUUGUGCCUUUGUUUGUUGUAAUUAAACAUAAUAUAUGUUAGGACAUUCCAGUAGAUGUACCUUAUGCACUCAUGUGUUUUGCGGUAAGACAACAGGCGUAGGACUUUCAACCGGAUACUAAUAUAUAUCCAGUCUGCCAUAACAUUAAAUACCUCACUUUUUUGUUAAAUCGAAUGUUAUAUUGUAAUUAUUAUAUAUCCACUUUUGUGCCUAUAAAUAUAUGUUAUUAAGUAUGAUGUUGUUGCACUAUAGUUCAAGAAUUAAGUUGGGAUUUAAAAAUAUUGUACGUACUUUAAUAUGUAGUUGGUACCUACUGUAUGUAUACAUUUAAGUUAUAUAAGAUCGAGUUUGUUUAUCUCGUAACUACAUAUUA